CUUCAUCCUCAUCACCACUGCCUACACCCGCCCGCCGACCGCCCACCGUCCGCCCGCUGUCAAGAAAAAGACGUCGUCACGUUACGCGAAGCCAUCGCCACACAAGAUAUCCGGCCAUGAAGCAGAAGGGAGUCCGUGAUCCGGCCGUUGGCGUGAGCCAUCGAGAAACCACGCGGGACGAGCGGAUGCGUGCUAUCGCGCUGCGUGAUCAUGCCAAAUGGAGCUGGCGGCAAAUCGGAAGAGAGCUCAAGAUGGAUGCUCGAACAGCGUCGCGAAUAUAUCACCGUUAUCAGCGGGAUGGCUCUCCUUCGAACCGGAAACGAACCGGUAGACCUCCGAUAUUCGAUGAUGAAGAGAAGGCGCGUCUCGUCGCCUUUAUCACCCGCGACGCCCGCACGCGAAGCCUGAGCUGGGAGGAGGUCUGCGUCGAGAUGGAUUACGCCUGUAGUCCGAAGACGAACAGACUGCAUUGGACCAAGAAGGAGUGGAAGAGAGUAAUCAGGAUGAAUAGAUUCUCCUUCUCAACGGCAGGCUUCGGUCAUCGUCCAUGGGCCACCCGGAAACUAGAUGAAGAUCAUCACCCCGACUACGUCGAUUGGAAAUUUCACUCAGGACGGAAGAGCAAGGUGGUUUGGAGGGCCUUCGGCGGUACAAAGUCUGAUCCUAUCUUCGUUCCCGGCAAAACGAAGCUCAACUUCGCAACCUAUUGUCGCGAGGAAUAUGGAUGGGCUAUUGUGCAAGAGUAG